GAAAAUACGCCAUAGACACUCGUAGCUCAUCAAAGAAGCAUACUGGUUCCAAUAUUUUUGUCAACAACAGUUCACAGCAUGUUCAAGUUUAAUUUCAAUAAAACGGACGAAGAUGAAGAGAAACAGGAAGAUAUUAAGGAACAAGAUCCGCCAAUAGUAUUAGAAGAAUCAAAAUCUAUAGAAAUCACAGCAAAUCAUUAUGAAGAAAUUGCUAAAUCACUUCCCGAUAGAAGUUUCCAAGUAUUUUCAUCGAAUGACAUGGAAAUUGGCUAUGUUGAUAACAUUAACAUCAAUGAAAUGAAUAACAGUGACUUAAUAUCAGGUGUUUAUGAAGGUGGCUAUAAAAUUUGGGAGUGUACCCAAGAUCUGGUGGAUUAUUUCACAGAAAAUUCGGAAAGCAUUGAUUUUGCUGGAAAGGCUGUUUGUGAUCUUGGAUGUUCUGCUGGAAUUGCUGGACUGUUAGCACUAAUUAAGGAUGCUAAAGCUGUUCAUUUUCAGGAUUAUAAUCUUGAAGUCCUUGAAUCUUUCACGAUACCAAAUGUCAUCCUUUAUUGUGAGGAAAAUGAGAAAUCAGAGAACUUUUCAAGAUGCUCUUUCUAUUCUGGCGAUUGGGAUAGCUUUAGAGAAUUGACAAGCAAUGAUGAGAAAUAUGACAUAAUUCUAACAUCUGAGACUAUCUACAAUCCAAGUUACUAUCAAAAGCUCUUAAAUUUCUUCAAAAAUCGUCUAAAAGACGAUGGACAGAUCUUUGUGGCUGCAAAAAGUCAUUAUUUUGGUGUAGGAGGCAAUGUGCUAGAUUUCUGUGAAUUACUGAAGAAAGACGGAACUUUUCAGUCAGAAGUCGUUUGGAAGUCAAGUAUUGGAUUACAGAGAGAGAUAUUGUUAUUAAAGAGAUGAUGAAAUUUAUUGAAUCCAAUAAAAUAUGUUCUUAAACUUAAACGGAAAUAUUAAAUUUGAAUUGGUAUAGAAAACAUUUGAACGGUUUUGAAUUUUUAAUUCCAAUGAAACGGAAAAUUAAGGUUCAAAUAAAACGAUUUGUAUGGUUUUUAAGAAACAUUUG